AAGAAAGUAUGAAAUAUUGAUAACAGUCAAAUUGUUCAUGUAUUUCGGCAUGUAAAUCGCAUCGAAUUAUCUAUCUUAUUACAAGGGAAACAAUAAUGCUAGUGUUUUGUAAAUAAAAUUGAUUGUUUGAUACUUCGUGACUACACUAUGAUCAAAUUGCAUGACAUCAUAAUCAACUUGCAGUGAGAACUUCAGGUUUACUCUUUUAUUUCGCCCGCUGUUUUUGUCAAAUAAACACGCAUCAUGAUGUUUCUUUAUAUAAAAUUGUUUGUGUUAUUAUUACUUCUAGUUGACUGUCGUAGUUUAACACCACAAUGUAGAAAUGAAAAGGGAGAACCCGUUGAUUGGUUUUAUGUUUACAAGUUACCAAGGGAAAAAAAUCACAUCAAUCCACUAAUACGAAAAGGAGUUGCUUAUAUGCAUUUAACUCCAUCUAAAUUAAGAGGUGGAUGGAUAAUGUCAGAUCUGGCUAUAAGUGACCCCCGUUCCAUGCUUGGAAAAACCUUAGCUCCAUUAUAUCAGGACAAAAAUAUAAUUUCUCUUAUUUACAAUGAUCAACCACCAGCAAAUGAAAAUCAACCAGAUAUUUUACAAUCUGUUGCACAAUUUUAUUCCAAAAGCAAAAGAGGUCAAAUAAAACAAGCAGGUUUUAAGAAAUAUAAAAAGUUUAAACUAGGUGAUAAGUACUAUGAUGAUUAUGAUUUGGCAGAAAUGUGUAAAAUGCACUCCAAGUUUAUGAAGACAAGAGUAGAAAGUGGUCACACAAAGGGUGUUAUACUGGGAGAUAAAUUUACUUCUCUAUGGUUAGUACAUUCUGUACCAAGGUUCCCUCAAGUGCCUGAUACGAAUGGUUUGAAUGUAAGUUCAUACGACUACCCCACGACUGGUAUGAAGUAUGGCCAGUCUAUGCUUUGUAUGUCGGUACAAACAUCUACCCUUAAUCAGAUUGCUACUCAACUAAAAUACAAUGAACCCUUAAUUGCAUACCAUCAUAUACCUCAAGAGUUUGAAAAUGAGCUUCCUAAUUUGGUGGACGUGAUACAUAAUAAGACAAUUGAUGCAUCACCAUGGUACCACAUAGAGAGCUUCGAGACGCUAGUAGGUCGUAAAUUCCUCUCGUUUGCAAAGAGCGCCAUGUUCAAUGAUGACUUGUACAGCGGAUUAGUGGCUGAAGUGUUGCAAUCGGAUCUUUUGGUAGAAUCAUGGACUAAUGGUCCAGGGACGUUGGACUCUGAAUGCACAAGAAACUUUCAAGUACGAAAUAUAGAACGUCUCAAGUUUCCCAUAGCAAAAAUGUCAUUCACAUCGACGGAUGACCACUCGAAAUGGGCGGUCGCUGUUGCACAUAAAAUGCACAAUAGCCAGGACACUAAAGUGGCAGACUACUGGGUCUGUGUGGGAGAUAUCAAUAGAGCGUUACCACAAGAAUCGCGCGGCGGAGGUACAGUAUGUACUUCUGGCCCCAUAUUGUGGGGUAAUUUCGCUCACCUCAUCGAAUCCGUUCAGACAUGUAACUAAAGACUGUAUUAGAAUUAAUGAUUUCAUUGUGUGAUGAGAUACCAAAGCGUUUCAGCGAUGCUGCUGUAGCUCAAAAAGUAGAUUUAAGACUAUUACAAAGCACAGAACAAUAGAUAAAAUUAAGGAGAUUUUAAAAAUGAUGUACUUAAGUAAAUAGGAAGGCUUUUAUGUCAUUACUUACCUGUUUAUGCCAUUCAAAAAUUGACUGAUUUUUGUAGAACAUUGUUUAAAUUUGAAUAAAAUUGAAAGGGGGUCUUACAUACUCCACAUUAAUUCUGAAACGAAUGUCAUUGUAAUUUAUUGUCUGUUAUAAGUAAAGUGGUGACUUGUAAUAUUCUUUUUUAUUA